CUAAGAAAAUUAGUAUCUUCCUUUCCACAAGGCUAGAGAGAUUUCUCAUAACUAGAUUCUACCUGGCCUCUGCAUAUUUUUGGCUGUUGUAAUUUAGAUCACUCAAAUGAUUGACUUCAAAUGACCCAAAUCUUCAGAGAGGAAAAGGUUAUCACUUUGCUUAGCAACCAUCCGUGCAUUUUGGUGUGGCAAGUUAAUCAUGAAUAUAGCCUGGUUCCUGAUACGCUGGCUCAACUUAAAAGGGCAGAUAACAGAAACCGCAGGCAUAAUCUCAGGAGAGAAAGAUCUGCAGUAUUUGUUCUUCCUGGCCUGGGCUUUGUUGAUGCUGAAGCUUUUCCCGUGUUUUUCCCACAGUUAUUUUAGUCCGAGCACAAUAGCCGUGUAUCGCAGCAACUGGCGCGUCACAGGCCGGGUCCUUCCGGAGCCGAUAACAGCGCUCACACCCCAGCAGCUAAUGGACAGCUGGGCAAAUGCCAGCGAAAAAUCUGACAGAGAGGCCAAAAUCUGAGAGUAAAAACCCCAUAACUUCAUGUAUUUGAUAUAUAUGAGCAUGUGUGAAUAUGUAUUUUUUUCUUACUUUACAUUGCAGAGUCCAUGUUUUCCUGAAACAGCUGAGGUGACUUCAAAGGGUUAUGCCCCCUGAAGUAAUCAUGGUUCUGUGCUAACAUUUCAUUCUACAUUAUGCCUUGCAGUGUUUCAUGUCUCAUUUUUACAGUGAUCUUUUCAAUUUUUGUACACUUCAGUAAUUUACAUUUCUGUUUCAUACUUGUUGGUUUUUUUCCAUUUUAGUGAAGUCCUAAGCACAUUUAUUUCCAGCAUCAAAGACAAGCUUCAAGAGGUAAGCUACUUCAAAUUCAGAAUGUAAAAUAAUGAAGAGUUAGAAAUACUACAGACUAUUCAGUAUUCACUUUCUCUCCUUUGCUAUGCUGAUAUCUAAAAUAUUACAUUCUGUGUCUUAAGCACUCAAAUACUUUAAACCAACAACUGUAAGGGUUUUUUUGCAUAUACCAUUGCCUUUGUGUCCUUAGAGUCAAGGUCUUUAGGGACUUGCCUCAGAGCCAGUAGUGGAAUUUCUCUGGGUCUCUAGAGCAAAACAAGCUUAGUGGCAGCCUGCAAAUAUCAGUUGUUUUCCCUUCUGCCUGAAGAAAGCAGUCUACUCUCAGGAUUAGUCAUUGUGGUCUGAAGGUGAAGGUCUCUGACCCAACACUUCUAAAAUUCAUUUUAUUAGUUAUUAUUAAUCCUAUUUUACAGAUCAGUGUCUCUUUUUUGAAAUAUGUUCAGAUUUCAUGAGCCUUUUGAGCCAUCCCAGAUCUUCUUUGGGGUUGCAACUAACAGCUGCACAAAUUGUUUCAAGUGACAGAUAAACAACCAUUUUCAGGCUGUUCCAUUUCAUGAGUUGCAGUCAUUGUUCUGUGGCAUCUGGGGAUGUGAUUUUGCAAACAAAGAAAAGGCAAUGUUUUAAUUUCCCCAUUUACCUUUGUUUUUACAGCUGCCAGUGCGCUUCGAGAAGUUUGAAGAAAUGCUUGAUUCCAAACUCAAAUCCAGUUUGGUUGGCCUAGAAACCCUUUUCAAGACAUUGGAAGAUGCUCUUCAAAGUCACUGCAGCUUGGUGCUGAAAGCUUUGACAGAAAAAAGCCAAAUGGAGCAGGCACUGCUGGAGAUGGAGAGGAGACUUGCAGCCAAAGAUGCUGAGAUUUUGGAUAUGAAAUCCAGUAUGCAGCUGCUGAAGGAAGGUCUGGAGUCCCUGCCAGCCCAGCUGAAUGACCAGUUCCUGAAAUCGUGUAAAGAACUUGGCUUCCUGACGCCGUGUAAUGCCUCAGCUGGGCAGCACACGCUUGUGUCUGGUGCCAGCCUGGCCCCUCACACGACAGAUAAAUCUUCCCAGACCUCCCCUGGGCCGUGCCAGUACUGUGUCCUGAGUGAGAAGCACCUGCACAAGCCAUGCUGCCCAGGCAGGGGAGUUUGCAGCUGUUCAGGCUGGUCUUAUUUCCCCUGUGUGACAGUGGGACAGCAACACAGAGCCUCCCCUGGAGGGAACCAGCUCACUGGAAAUGGCACAUCUAAGGGUGACCUAAACCCAGCCUCAGAGGACAAAGCCAGCCCCAUUGCUACAGCAGCCUGUGGCACAGCAAACACCUUUUUGCAGGAGGUGAAAUGCAGCUUGGAGACACAGAGCUGUGCUGCCCAUCCUUGCAUGUGCUGGGCUGGCAGUCACUUUUUGGGGAGUAGUCAGAAGAAACAGUGUCCUGUACUACUGGAAGGGCCUCUACGAACCCCCCUGAGGAAGGUGUUCAGGAGAGGCACUCAGGGGUUUAAACCCCUGACACCAUCACAGCAGCAGCAGCCUCAAGUUUGCCACCAUUCUACACAGAAAGCUACACCUGGGCAAAGACACAGCAACUGGCCCACAAACCAUGAGGUGGAGAAGGCAGCUGUAGGGAACAAAACAAAACUGAGUCCAGGAAGGAUGUCCUGGAAAAGAGCAAUAAGGAGAAAGACAACACACUCCACCAAGAGGAAAGGUGAACGCUCUGGAUGUGCUGACAGUGGGCUGAAGCAGAGGAAGGCAACUGGGAUUAUUGACUUUGAAAGCUCCAGAAAAAAUACCCCUCACAGCUACUUGGUUGAUCUCAAUUCAGAAAACUCUGACCUGGUUUUUGCAGCUCCCCAUCAGCAGAUCCUCAGCAGUCCUAAGAUGGGGUUUACAAAGAAUUUCACACCAGUGCCACACUCUGAUAAAAGCUUGCAACAACCUGAAGGCAAAAGAAAGAGAAGUCCUGAAAUUAAAAAAACAAUGAAUGUUUCCAGUGUACAAAGGUAUCUCCUGGAUUCCUCUCCCGAGGAGAAUGUACUCUCCCUGUGUAGCACAACAGGUGUAAAGCAAAUGAGCUACUUCAGCCGCCAAAGUCCCUCAAGCUCCAAGAAACCACACCCUGUCAAUCCACAGGCACAGCAGAAAACAGCCUGUUGCUCUUUACUGUUAGAUAGUGAUUCUUCUGAUUGAAGGGGUUUGUUUCAUGCUCAGAGCCCUUAGUGCAGAAUGACCAUUUCAGCUGCAGUUUAUUCCUCUAGGUGUGUUACUGGCAUAGUCAGAGGCAAGACUCAGGCCUGCAUGGUUGAAAGUGCUAUUGCCCAGUUGGAGAUAUUGUAAGGGACUAAGCAGGGCUCUCCCCUGGCUUGGAAAGCUGAAGGGAUCUGUGCUGCUUUACUUCCCUGCUCCCAGCAGAAAUGCCAUGGGCUUGAGUUACACAUUUACACAGCAGUGAAGUACCUGACAUUCCCAGGGAGGAGAGGGCAGGCAGAGCAGACUGUCAGCUCAGUCAGAUUUGGCACCGAGGUCUACUGGAAGCUCCUCAGCUAGAUUGAUACAAUGCUAUCUCUGUGGCCCGAGGCUUCACUCUGUUUCUCACUCCUAGUAUCUCUGUUGGUUUGCUAUGUAAAAGUUCAGGUUUUUAGUAGAGUAGUAUUGUUCUGGUUGAUUUCAAUCAGGUUCAGAUUUGUCUCAGGAGUUGUUUGUGAAUGUUUGGCAGGAAGAGGUUUAACUGAGGAAAACCAAACCCCAGCAUCUCAGGUUUGUCCAGUACUGUAUCUCUUCUCCUUACAGGCUGAAAUUCCUCAGUUUCAGAGAUUCCAGGAAGUUAUUUUGUUUCUACUUCAUUUGUCUUUUGUAUCUCUUGGCUGAUUAAAGAAUUCUCCAACAUACCCUUUUCAAGGCCAGUGGUUCUCAGAAACCAAAGAUACAACAGGCAGAUCCAGCAGAUGAGAUGUCUGGACAGUCCCAGUUCCCACAGAGCAACUCUCUUCAGGGUGCCCAGCUGGGACUGUGGGCAGCUCCCACUGCUUUGGGCAUUGGUGUCACGUUUGAUUUUUGAUCUGAAAUGUUACCAGCAAAAGAAACAUUUUGGUGUUGACAAAACCAGAAUGCCACAAAUUCAAAUUAUCCAGCUAUGCCAUGGAAAAUGGCUGUGAUCCCUUUCUUCUGGCUUUAAUAAACUCAUCUUCACCAGAGCCCAGUGUCUCUAUGUUGGGUUGGGUGUU